AUGCUGAGACAGCUCAGGCUGAGCGCGUGUCGUCUCCGGUCCGACCACUCUGCUCUCCUGGACGAGUCCAAAGAGGUGGGUGCAGUGCGGUACAGCACGGUACCACAUGGUAGGCGAGGCGACCAUUCUGGGCGAUGGCUUGGUGAUGCUGCAACAGCUCAGGCUGAGCAUGUGUCGCCUGCGGUCCGGCCACUCUGCUCUGCUGGACGAGUCCAAAGAGCUCGGGUCAGAGAAGUCGGAGCUGCGGCAGGAGAAGGCAGCGUUGAAGCUGGAGAUAGAGGCGAUGCAGGCUCAGCUGCAGGAGCGAAUCAACACGCUCGCUUGUACCCUCUCCCCCCUCUCCCCGUUACGCACACCGCCCCUUCCUCUCAGCUGGGCAGUGAGAAGUCGGAGCUCCGGCAGGAGAAGGCGGCACUGAAGAUAGAGAUAGAGGUCAUGCAAGCACAGCAACAGGAGAGAGGGACUCCAAUGCCCAUGUGCGUCUCCUCUCCCCCUGUGCCUCACCCUCCGCUCGCCUUCCUUUCCCUUCCAGCUUGCCAGUGA